GGUCGAGGCUACCUGCCUACGCAGCACUAUUUUUGUUUUGUUUUCCGUCUGAGACGGUAAAAACGGUUCUGGCCUGUUUCCUGCUCACAGUCAAGCUCGUUGAUCUAGCUCUAGAUGGCAGCUGCUCCAAUAAUCCCAGUUGUUGAGGCGCACGUCGGCAAUAUCGACUACAACGUGACAGUUAAAGAUGUAGUUGAGUAUUUCUCUUCCUACGGUAGUGUGGUGCAAUGCAAGCUACUAGCAGGUGAUCGAGGAAGAGGACGACGUCACAAAGGGUGCGGAUUUGUAAAAUUUGCAAGCGUUCAAGACCUAGAAGUUGUUCUCAGUGCUUCUCACACGUUUCGCGGUCGUAAGCUUAAGGUCAGUAAAUCGAAUCAUGCUGGAGGACUGGCACUGAAAGACGAAAGCGGUAUUUUCCUGUUCCACCAUGGUCGUCUACAUGUAGGAGUGUACAUGACCGAGCGGGGACAAUUCUUACGUAAGUGGGAAGUCCCCAUUGAUGUGUUGACGGUCGUCAACUUUCAACGCCGUUUUGUCAAGUUCUCGUUUUCUUACGACGAAGGUUUUAGGAAACGUAAAGUGCACAUCAAGCAUAACCUAGACGACAUCGUAGAAAUGAUUGACACAAAAUGUAGCGAUCAUUCGCGGUUUCUGGAACGAAACGCCAUUAUUUUCAGAAGCCAAUCUGCCCCGAGGUUGAACGAAGAAGAGAUCGACAGUCUGAGUGAACUUUUGCAAGAUCUAGUUUGGGAGAGCAUUCCUACAGAUGAUGAGAGCAAUACAGUAAAACGAGUCACCGACUUUACACCAGACAAGUCUUUGAGCGUCUGCUUCGACUACAUGUUGGUAGCAACGGACAUCUCUCGUAGUAUUUCAAACUUCAAAUCUACAGCUGAAAGAUACGGCCACGAAGUUACUCCACCUGCCACUGGUCGUGGUACCACCCCCAUCACGAAUCUCGCCCCACAGCCCAAAUUUCCUGUUGCUUCCUUGUUGCCAUAUAAAGUGUUGUUUCAAAUUGAUGUUCUCGUUGCAGAAGGCAUUCUGUACCAAGAUCUAAUUCCCCUUGCCUUCUACCAGCUACUGAAAGAGAUUAAGAAGGAGAAAACUGCUAUCAGAUGUCUAGAGAUGCUCCUGCAGAGUGGAAUGUAUCCUAUUGAGGAUCCGGUCUCGGCUCUGAGAGACACAAUCCAGAGGGUACGUGUGGGCGGAACCGACGCAGGACGGGUGACCAUAGAGAAGCCCAACCUUGAUCCUUCUACAGCCGUUCCUAUUCACCGAGUGUUUGUUACUCCUCUGAGAACAAUCUGCUGGGGUCCGGAAACGGAUACUCCCAAUCGAGUAAUCAGACAAUUUUCCCAACAUCUUGACAGAUUUCUAAGAGUGUCAUUUACAGAUGAAGAUUGGAACAAACUACAGGUUGGCAAAUCAGAAGAAAGUGUGGAAGAAAUCUAUGAUAGAGUUCGACGCACCCUCAGAGAUGGUCUAGUUGUUGGCCAUCGCCGUUUUGAAUUUCUGGCCACUUCAUCGAGUCAACUCCGCGAGCAUGCCUGCUGGUUCUUUGCUUCUACUGGAUACCUGACAGCAGACUAUAUCCGUUCUUGGAUGGGAGACUUUUCCAGUAUUAGAAAUGUAGCUAAAUACGCAGCACGCAUGGGUCAGUGCUUCUCCAGUACAGUUACAGGUCAAGAGUGCGCGGUGAAGAAGGAUGAGUUUGAAUAUGUGAGAGAUAUCAAGACAUCGGACCUGAAAUACACUUUUACUGACGGCAUUGGCGCCAUUUCUCCAGAGUUUGCCAGAGUGGUAGCAAAAAGCGUGGGCCGCCUUAAAGGAAGAAAACCGUCUGCAUUUCAGAUCCGAUUUGCUGGUUCCAAGGGUGUGGUUGCUGUUGACGAAAGAAUGAGAGGAGGACACGUCAAGCUACGACUACGUCCAAGCAUGAGAAAAUUCGAAUCUGAUCAUUUCUACGUCGAGGUCUGCAAGACGUCGAGCCUCAUGCCUUGCUUUCUCAACAGACAGAUCGUUACGCUUCUCUCCACGCUUGACAUCCGCGAUGAAGUCUUUCUCAAACGACAAACCGCUAUGGUCGCAGAUUUGAACCAAAUGCUCUACAACGCCAAGAUUGCAGUCAACCAUCUCAAGCAAUCUUGUAAUCCAAGUCCAAAAUCUACUUUGGGAAGAAUCAUCGAGAUGAUGGAGUCCGGUUUCGACAUGAAAGAACCGUUUCUUCAAGGAGUUCUGAAGGCUUAUCGUCUGGCUCAAUUGCAGGACCUCCGCAAUAGAGCACGGAUAUAUCUCAAGGAAGGAGCAUGUCUCAUGGGUGUAAUAGACGAGACGAGAACAUUAAAGUACGGUCAAGUGUUUGUGCGCGUAUCCAACCCGGCCAAUCCCGGAGCUGGUCCCACGACUAUACAAAAGAGAGUUGCCAUAGCAAAAAAUCCCUGUUUUCACCCUGGCGACGUUCGUUCUGUAGAAGCAGUCGAUGUACCGCAACUUCACCACUUGGUAGAUUGUCUCGUCUUUCCUGCCGACGGUCCCAGACCACUGACAGACCAAUGCUCUGGAUCCGACUUAGACGGAGAUCUCUACUUUGUCACAUGGGAUAGAGAACUCAUUCCGUUCGUGCAAUACGAGCCAAUGGAUUAUCAGGGCAUCACGCCCAAACCGAUUGAACACCCGACAUCUAUAAAGACGUCAGAUCUGCACGAUUUCUUCAUUAAAUACAUUAAGAACGAUCAACUGGGGCCGAUCGCCAACGCCCAUCUCGUAUGGUCAGAUCACAGCCUCCAAAAAGCUUUAGAUCAGAAAUGUCUCAAGCUGGCUGAACUACACUCGGUAGCAGUUGAUUACCCCAAAACUGGCGUACCAGCGGUCAUGACACCUGAUCUGAGACCUCAAUUUUAUCCAAACUUCAUGAACAAGACCGACCGCGUUCAGUACAGGUCUCAGUCUGUGGUCGGCAAACUAUUUGCAGAAGUCGAUGACGACUUUGAACGCGAAAAGCGAACAAUAGACGACGAUUACAAUGCUCGCACCAGCUUUGAUCACAGCCUUGUAAUGAGUGGAUUCCAUGAAUACGUUGACAAAGCGCAACAUCUCCGAGAAAGCUACAAUCAUGAUCUGAGAGGAAUUAUGGAAAAAUACGAUAUCAAAAAAGAAAGCGAGGCAGUAACAGGAAACGUUUUACGGGUAGGGCGAAAGCUUAGACGGACCAAGCUGGCCGACAUUCGCUUACAGAUUCGACUAGAAGUCAACGAACUGAUAAAAAGUUAUCGCGUACCAUUUGAUCAAGAGUUUCAGCACGAUGACGGUUCGACGUCUCGACGUCUCAGAGUAGCGUCUGCAUGGUACUGCGUCACCUAUUCUCCCGACCUGAGGCCAGAAUUGGUUAGAUCGACUGCUGGUCGAUAUAAGAAGCCGCUUCUUAGUUUCCCGUGGAUUCUCACCGACUGUUUGUGCGAAAUAAAACAAAGUCGUCCGGCCAGUGGGCGACCUGCUCGUGUAUGAACCCCACAACCGUGAUAGCCAACAAGAGGAACGAAUUUUUGUUGUCGUUGUUGUUACAUCGGGAGGACAAAAUAGCAAAGACACGAUUUGCGCUCUGUAUAGAGGUAUAGAUAGCCAUGCUUGCACAGGAAAAGUCCUAGAAUGCCAU